AUGAGUGAGCUAUUACACGUGAUUGUGCCGAUUCUACAGGCUAUCGCAACUAUUGCGCCAGCUAUCUAUACCGGAUUUACCUUCGCAUACACCCACGUCGUCAUCCCGCCCUUAACCACACACGCCCCGCCAAAACUCCUCGCAAGACAAUGGCUUCAAGCCUACCAAUUCGCGCCCAUAUUCGUCGCACCACUGAUCAUCCUCGGCGCAUUGAGCAAUGCGCUACUUGCCUAUUCCACCGCCAACUCCUUGUACAUCGUGGCAGCAGUCGCGAACGCGAGUAUUAUACCAUAUACUGCUCUGUACAUGGAGCCCGGUAUCAACGGAGCGGGGAAGUGGAAGGUGCAGGAGCUGUUGCGGGAGGAUGGCUUCGGCUUAAUGGGAGUGGGGCAAGGGACUGAUAAAGACACGGCGAGGGAGACUUGGAAAAGGUGGGCUGAGGCGGUGGAUAUGAAGACUAUUGUGGAGAUGUGGGCGUGGACGAACAUGUGGCGCUAUGUUAUUACGGGGUGCGCGGUGGUGAGUUGUGCGCGAAGUGGCAUCGUGCGGCCAAGGGGUCUGGAAGCUGCCUGGUCGGCUAUUCAAGCAGAGUCUGUGCUGCUAGGCAACUCAUCGACCGUGCGCAUUAUUUCGCUCGAUGCGGCACGGCAGUACAAGUAUAAGAUACAUCGCGCAGCUUAUUGUUUAUUGCUCAAGGCCGCGACAUUGACCUCGAAGAGUUGCGCCAAGAUGAACCUGCAGCGAGACGAACUCGUCAGCAUCAUUACUGACUUUUACGUCUUCCUGACGAGCUUCUACAUACCAUCCUCUGCGCUCAAGUUUCCGCCUCCAGGUGGCUGGCCAAACAUCACGGAGGAGACAACGAGGAAUUCUAACAAGGCGCCGGUUGUUAUCGAUCUCAUUAAGCAUUUGCCUUACAUUGAAGAUGACGAUCGUGGUUACAAAAGUGGAUUCGUGAGAUACAUCCACUACAAGAGUGUAGUAGUGGACUAUUCGGUGUAUACACCCGAGCAAUUCGAAGAAGGCGAUCUUGAUCAGGGAGAGGAAGGUUUGCAGAUUUGGGCCGAGGAGCUCGAAGCGGAAAAGGCGGAAGCUGGAGAUGACGACCAAGAAGAAGAGGAGGAUGACGAAGAUGAUGAGCAGGGCGAUAACGAUAACUACGCGCAGUCUCAGCAUUCGAACGACAGCGGAGUUUCAGACCUAAGCUUUGCAGAAGAAGAAGAACCAUUUUGGGAAGACGACGACGACGACUACGAGAUCAAACUCCGCAACCUGAUAGUCUUAGCACUCGGCCACGAAUCCGGUGGUCGCACACUUAUCCUCGAUGUCCGGAAACGCGAAAUUCACGAAGACAUUGUGCGAUUUAUGAAUGUAUCACCUGUGCCAGUCAGAAAGUUCUUUAACGAUUUGCGCGCAGAUUUCGAGAAGUUGGUCCUGGUGCCGAUGCCAGAAGAGAUCGAAGAAGCGGAGGACGGCAAUACGGAUGAUGAUACUCAGGAGUAUAUUGAAAUCUGGAAGGAGUGUGGAUGGCCUGGAGAGGGAUUUAAGAAGGAAGAAGCGUUGGUUAAGAUCAAGGAGUGUCACGUGAGGGAGAAUUUGAGGUGUGAUGAGAGGAUGAGACUAGAGGCUGAAGAGAGGGAGAGAAAGAGAGCAACGAAAAAAUAA